AUGGAGUCCGCCGCUCUAUCCCGAAUCGGCCUCGCCGGUCUCGCCGUGAUGGGCCAGAACCUCGCCUUGAACAUCGCCGAGAAAGGUUUCCCGAUCUCAGUCUACAAUCGAACCACAUCCAAAGUCGACGAAACCGUAGAUCGAGCCGCCGUAGAAGGAAACCUACCAGUCUCCGGCCAGUACUCUCCGCGCGAUUUCGUCCUCUCGAUCCAACGACCGAGAUCCCUCAUCAUCCUCGUCAAAGCCGGAGCUCCCGUUGACCAGACAAUCGAUGCGUUCUCCGAGUACAUGGAGCCCGGAGAUUGCAUCAUCGACGGUGGAAACGAGUGGUAUCAGAACACAGAGCGACGGAUCUCCGAGGCGGAGCAAAAAGGACUGCUCUAUUUAGGCAUGGGAGUAUCCGGCGGCGAAGAAGGAGCUCGUAACGGUCCGUCGCUAAUGCCCGGCGGAUCGUUCCAGGCGUACGAUAACAUCAAGGACAUUUUGGGGAAAGUCGCGGCUCAGAUCGAGGACGGGCCUUGCGUGACUUACAUCGGAGAAGGCGGAUCUGGCAAUUUCGUGAAGAUGGUUCACAACGGGAUUGAGUACGGAGAUAUGCAGCUGAUCUCGGAGGCGUACGAUGUGUUGAAGAACGUCGGCGGAUUGAGCAACGAAGAGCUUGCGGAGAUCUUCACUGAGUGGAAUCGAGGUGAGCUCGAGAGCUUCUUGGUUGAGAUCACUUCGGAUAUAUUCAGGGUCAAGGAUGAGUUCGGCGAUGGAGAGCUGGUCGACAAGAUUCUGGAUAAAACCGGCAUGAAAGGCACCGGAAAGUGGACUGUUCAGCAGGCGGCAGAGCUCUCUGUGGCGGCUCCGACGAUUGCUGCUUCGUUGGACUGUCGCUACUUGAGCGGGUUGAAAGAUGAGAGGGAAAACGCUGCAAAAGCGUUGAAGGAAGCUGGACUGAGAGAAGACCUUGGCUCUGCGUCGAGCGGGAUCGAUAAGAAGAGAUUGGUCGAUGAUGUUAGACAAGCUCUGUACGCUUCGAAGAUCUGUAGUUACGCGCAAGGCAUGAAUCUACUCAGAGCCAAGAGCUUGGAGAAAAGCUGGAACUUGAACUUCGGCGAACUGGCUCGGAUCUGGAAAGGAGGGUGCAUCAUAAGAGCGGUUUUCUUGGAUAGGAUCAAGAAAGCUUACCAGAGGAACCCGGAUUUGGCGAGCCUUGUGGUCGAUCCCGAGUUUGCGAAAGAGAUGGUUCAGAGACAGGGUGCUUGGAGGAGAGUGGUGGGUUUGGCUGUGUCUGCAGGGAUAAGCACGCCUGGGAUGUGCGCGAGUCUUGCGUAUUUCGAUACUUACAGGCGGGCUAGGUUACCGGCGAACCUGGUCCAGGCGCAGAGAGAUCUCUUUGGAGCUCAUACUUACCAGAGAACCGAUCGUCCCGGUGCCUACCACACGGAGUGGACUAAGCUUGCUAGGAAGAACAGCAGUUAA